ACGUGAGCACUUAAAGUGAAGUCCUCGUGCUCAUAUGCCAAUUUCAGCACACUCCUGUCGGCGUAGCUAUGUAAUUGUUGGCAAAAUGAAUAGCUGAACUUUCAGUUUUAGUUUGAAAUCCUUUGCGUAUUAAUUUGGGGGACAACAACAAUAUUAUUACAACUGCCAAAAAAAGAGGCGUACGACUUCAACAGAAGGUAGAGUCGGGACAACAACACAUCGCCGGGCGUUAAAACGAAGGAUGGAGAUCUGGCUGAGCCCCAAACACCGACUCCCCUGCUGCAAGCUCCGGUAGUGUCUCGGGCAAAAUGCAUUGUAUUUACCGAGCAACCAUCCAAAUAACACAGUCUCCGCACGAGAGCGAAAACCCGGACCGCGGCGAAGUGUUCACGCGCGUUUGACAGUAAUUGGGAGUCAUCGAUGACUUCUUUAGCAAAGACCUACUGAUGGAAUAACGUGACCUGUUACCUGCGCGAGGAAACCUUACAACGUCAGUUUUGUCACUCGAUUCCCUUCCCGACAGACUGUAAGGAAUGAUUGGGAUACAGAGACGAAGGUUGUUUGGUGUUCUUUCAUUACCGAUAUUUGUGGCAGUGAUGUGCUGUGUUCAAAGCGCCAACGAACCAGGAAAUAUGUCUUUUGUCAAGGAGACAGUAGACAAGCUGUUGAAGGGGUACGACAUCCGUCUUCGACCUGACUUUGGAGGCGCACCGGUGGCGGUUGGGAUGAGCAUCGACGUUGCGAGCAUAGACAUGGUGUCUGAGGUCAACAUGGACUACACGUUGACCAUGUAUUUCCAGCAGUACUGGAGGGACAAGCGACUAGCAUAUUCUGGGAUCCCUCUUAAUCUCACCCUGGAUAAUAGGGUAGCCGACCAGCUCUGGGUUCCUGACACAUAUUUCCUAAAUGAUAAGAAGUCAUUCGUCCACGGUGUCACGGUGAAGAACCGAAUGAUCCGUCUGCACCCAGAUGGCACGGUUCUUUAUGGAUUAAGAAUCACCACCACUGCUGCCUGCAUGAUGGAUCUGAGAAGAUAUCCAUUAGAUGAACAGAACUGCACUCUGGAGAUAGAGAGUUAUGGUUACACGACAGAUGAUAUCGAGUUUUACUGGAAGGGUGGAGAAAAUGCAGUGACUGGUGUGGCACGAAUCGAGCUCCCACAGUUCUCCAUCGUGGACUACAAACUCGUCUCCAGAAAUGUCGUCUUUUCCACAGGUGCCUAUCCUCGACUGUCUCUGAGCUUCAAGCUAAAGAGAAACAUUGGUUACUUCAUCUUACAGACCUACAUGCCCUCCAUCCUGAUCACCAUCUUGUCCUGGGUAUCCUUCUGGAUUAACUAUGACGCCUCGGCAGCCAGAGUGGCAUUAGGUAUCACCACUGUGCUGACCAUGACCACCAUCAACACCCAUCUGAGAGAAACACUUCCAAAGAUCCCAUACGUCAAGGCCAUAGACAUGUAUCUGAUGGGCUGCUUCGUCUUUGUCUUCUUGGCUCUUCUGGAAUAUGCUUUCGUCAACUACAUUUUCUUUGGCCGAGGCCCUCAGAUGCAGAAGAAACUGGCCGAGAAAGCGGAUAAAGCCAAUAACGACCGUAACAAAUAUGACGGCAACAAGCCUGUUCAGGAGGGAGGCAACUGCAAGCCCACAACCGUCAAACAAUCCAAUCAGGUACAAGGUCAUCGUCAUUCACGAGGGUGUGGUGACCAGGACUGUCUGUGCUUGCAGGUGGACUCGCAGGGAAAUAUUCUUUUGACCACCCUUGAGAUCCACAACGAGGUGGCCGGGAACGAGAUCACCACCAGCGUCACCGAAGCCCGAAACUCCACCUCAAUGGUGUUCGAUAACUCAGGAAUCCAAUAUCGAAAACAGAGCACAGCACGGCCCGAGACGGGCCGUCACAGUCUGGACAGGAAUACGCAGUCGAAGAAGCCGCGGCUGCGCAGGCGUUCUUCCCAGCUCAAAAUCAAAAUUCCUGACCUCACAGACGUGAACGCCAUCGAUCGAUGGUCACGGAUAAUAUUUCCCUCCGCGUUCUCUCUUUUCAACUUGAUCUACUGGCUCUACUACGUGAAUUAGGCCUCAGAUGUCAAUGGGUUUUCCCCCUUCAAAGUUAUUUUUCAUGUUGCCAAGUAGUAAAUGGAGACUUUUUUCGCUCCGACCAAGGGACGUACUUCUACGCAAUAUAAAUAUAUCAAGGUUUUUCUACAUGUAGACCCUUACGGUGUUGAUAAGGGUCCAGAGCAAAUACUACCUGCACUUAAAGGGGCUAUCUCAUUAUAUGCCCAUGCAACGUACUCAAACAUUCCCAUUCACAUAUUCGCAAAUUUUCUAAAGACUAUUUCUGUAUAUAGAAAUUGCAAUUUUUGAAGCCACAGGACUUCCGCAUGAUGCACUGUUUUUGAAAUCUGGAUAUAAAGUCAUGAAUUGCUGUAUGUAGCCCCGAUCGGAGGAUGCUGUUUGCGAAUGCCAAUAAAUCUUUUUUUUGUUGUUGUUGUUGGUGUUGGAGCACAGGAGAUUGAUAUUAAACGAAUAUCGCAUUUUAAAUGUUAUUUCAAAUGAAUGUGGAACGCAAUAUAAUGAGAACUGCAGGUCAGAUUACAUCUUCACUUUGCUACGUGCACAUCAGCCGUACCAAACUUUACACUUUGCUAUUAUGAUCUUAUUUAAAACAAAGUUUGUAUAUAAUCGUGUUAUGAUAUGCUUUUGGAGCGUGAUUUCCAUCUGCCUUGGGUUGAUAUGAUUAUAUUCCACUUUUCACUUUUCUUUUAAGUGCUAUGGUAUAUGUAAGAUAAGAUUAUCUCGUUUCAAGGAUGUCAAAAAGGCAAAAAGAACAAAAACAAACACUGGAAAUGUGGAAUAUUGAAAGCAAAGCCUGCAGAGGAUUUCCAUGAUGCUAGACAUUCCUGACAUUUUGUUUCCGAAUUUUGUCGCUUUUUGUUAGUUGCAGUCAAUACUGUAUGGUUUUCAAGUUUUUUUUUUUUUUUUUUUGAAUGCUUGAGUUAUUGUAGGCCUUAUGUAAACGUCGUAAAGCCCAUAUUCAAGGUUUGUUUCGCAUUUUCGGUGAAGAUGAAUGGUAUUGCUCCUUAUGCACAUUGUAGGAAUUGUACAUUGAUACACAACUUGUCUCAGGUUCUCCUUCAACAUAUUUCUCCGACUUUCAGUAUUCGCAUCUUAUUUGUCGUAUAUUUUAAUUUGUAUUAUAUCCUUGUAUACAGCAACAUCGCAGCAUUUUCUUGAUGUAGAACAGCAUGAUAUUGUUUGCAUUUAGAGAUUCUCUAUACUGAUUGUAUUUGAUUUCGUUUGCAAGGUUUCUUAACCAGCGAUCAUUAUAAGCACUUACUCUGUUUCACGGACCUGUCUGGUUAGAGAGUAAUGCCGUAUACUCAACCCAUGCUUGCAAACCAUCUAAAUAUAUUAUAAAUCUCUUUCAAAUAUUCUGUGUGUGCUGAUAACAUGUCAUUUUAACAGGUUGCUCUGCGGUUACAUUGUGUCAGUAGAUGCCCAUUACACUUUAAUUGCUUUUUCCUCUUCUAUUGUAUGUUGUAAAUAUAUAACCCACAAUGCACACGUGACCCAUUUCUUUCUUUUGUAAUAUUCAGUUUUGAUGGUUUAUUCUGUACAGUCCACCCACCCCCAAAAUCACCAGAUCUCUAUUUAUGAAAUGUGUUUAAAUGAUUAGAUAAAGUGGGGAAACGGAAAUGGAAUAAAGUUUACUCUUUCAAGUAUACUUUUUGUCUUAUUUUACUAAUCCAAUGGCUUUCUUCAUCUCCUGAUGUCAUUUUUAGCAAUCACAGAUCAGCCAAUCUUGAUUGGUCG